AUGAAGCUCGUGGGCAAAAAGGAGCAGUCGUACGCGUCGCUGGACAUCUCGGAGUCGCCCCAAGCAGCGCCUAUACGACGCUCGAGCUCGAAGUUCCUGAACGUCCAGCUCUCUCCCUCUGCAGUCUCGACUACGUCCAUCAGCUCCGACGACAGCAGCCGCGCGUUCCCUAGACAGGGACGACGUGACAGCAUGGAGGACAGUGUCCAGCCUUUUUAUAACACUGUAGCCACUGACGUAUUGGCUGCACUGGACGGUCCGAUUCGGCAACUGGCAUUCGAGACAAAGGGGGCUCUGCUGGCGACAGGGCUUGCAGCGACGCUGUACUUGCUGACGUGGUUCCAGGCUGUGCUGAUCCCCUUCUUCCUGGCUGUGUUCCUCAUGUACUUGGUGGAUCCGUUGGUGGAGAUGAUUGAUGUGUCGCCUAAGUAUUUUCUCUGCAUCUGUACAUCACGUGGCCGUCAUGCACGGCGGAAGUCAAGAGGCUGCUCGCGCGCAUUAGCGUCGCUAGUUGCUGUCAGUGUCGUUUGUGUGUUCUUUGGACUGCUGGGCUACAUUACUGUGCUCUCGGUCCAUGCACUCGAUACAAGCGCGUAUCAGACGGGGUACAACCUCCUCGUGUCGCAAGUCGAGCAUAUUCUUGAGCGUUUGGGACUGCCAGUGAACAUUACGACGACACUGCAUGACAAUGUUGACAAGCUUGCACGGGUGGUGGUUACGGAAACGAUGGACCUGCUCUCAGUCAUGUUCGUGACGCUGAUUUACCUCACGUACUUCCUUUGUACACGAACACGCGCGAGUGAUGCUGGUGGUGUUUGGUCGAAAAUCGACCACGAUAUUCAACGGUUCGUGACACUGAAGUGUUUUCUCUCACUAUUCGUGGCUUUGCUGGUUACGAUUGUAUACGUGUGGCUGAACGUGGGGCUGGCAAUAGUGUGGGGUAUUCUGACGUUCAUUUUGAACUGGAUCCCGAACGUUGGGGCUAUGAUUGCGUCCGUUGUUCCUGUCUGUAUUAUUGCGAUCACGCCGUCUGAAAUGAUGAACCACAUGGAAAAGUUCAUGGCCGUGUUCCUGCCGAUGUGUUUUCACAUGUUUGUGGGCAACUUUGUAGAGCCAAAGGUAUUUGGCCGGAAACUGGAGAUCGACCCUGUGAUUGUCAUUCUGUCUCUUUCGGCUUGGGGUCUUCUAUGGGGAGUCGUGGGCAUGAUGCUAUCCGUGCCACUCACUGCCGCAGCCAAAAUCAUGCUGAGCCAUCUCAAGCUGUGGCCUGAGUUUGUGGCUCUAGUGGAAGGAACCUAUUUUACGCGGUUUGGGAACAAGGCUGCCCGGUAUCAGAAACAGGAGGAGAACGACAAAGAGGAGUUUGAGACAAUGCAAGUUCGGACCGAAAGUGAACAGGAUCGUGCCAGUGGUGGCCACAUGCGAAUAUAA